AUGGUUAGCACCAAACUCCAGGAUUUUCCUCGUGGUGGUGCGUCUGAUUUCAAUCCAUUAGAAUACAGAGAUAUUAGCGAUAAAGUAAAGGAAGAUGUUCUUUUUGGGGUAUAUGGUUUGACUAGUGAAGCCAAAUUCAACAAAAAAUCAAAGAAACGCAUUGUAGACAAUGACUUUGAUAGUAAGUCUAGUCUACCCAAGAAGUCAAAAACAGAUUUUACUGCGUUGACUGUACCGAUACUCUCAUACAAGAAACUCGAUGUGGGCAUGUGCCUGCUUGGCGUAGUAAAAGAUAUCAAUUCUCUUGAGAUGGUGGUGUCUUUGCCUAACCAGCUUACAGGCUUUGUUUCGUUGACAGAGAUCUCCGAUUAUAUUUCAAAACAAGUAGAGGCAGCCGUAGACAGUGAUAAUGAGGACGAAGAUACAGACAUGAAUUCAUCAGCUAAAGAUGAAUUGGAUCUCCCAUCACUCGAAUCAUAUUUUCAAAUUGGACAAUCUGUUGUUUGCAAAAUCAUUUCUGCUGAUCAAACUUCCAAAAACAAAAGAAUUGAUUUAUCGCUAAAACCCGAGGCAGUAAAUGAGGGAAUCGAAAAAACAAACAUUGUUUCUGGCAUGGUUCUUCCUAUGUGCGUUACUAGCAAGGAAGAUCAUGGAUAUAUUCUAUCUUUAGGCAUCAAAGGAGUGAGCGGAUUUCUUAAAAAUGAGCACGCCAGCGCAUACCUUUCUUCUAAAAAUUUGCUGGGUAAGACUUUUUGUCUUGUAAGCUUGAAUUUAGAAUACACCAAAAUCAUAUCUCUUACUUUUUUUGACCUUUUUUAUAUGACCGAAUUAUCGCAUAUCCGUCCUGGCUCACUUGUCACUGCAACUAUUCAAGAUGUAUUGGAAAAUGGAUUGGCAUUGCAUAUUUUCAAAUUCUUUAGUGCUACUAUUGAUUGGUUUCAUUUGGGUAAUGGUCAUAUAUCUGACAAGAAUGACAUUAAAAACCAAUUCAAAAAAGGCCAAAAGGUUGCUUCAAGAGUUCUUUAUCUGAAUACUGCUGAAAAAAAGAUUGGGUUGACUUUAAUCCCAGAGCUUAUUUUGCAAAAAUCUCCCAAUUUCAAAUCUUUUGAAAUUGGCACUGUUUCUGAAAACAUCACUGUACUUCGAGUAGAUCCUUUAUUUGGUCUGCUUGUGCAGUAUCCAGGAGAUCGUUUGGGCUAUGUUCACAUGUCACGUAUUGCUGAUGAUCAUAUAACAAAAAUCGAUAAAGCAUUCAGAACUGGAACCACUCAUCGUGGAAGAAUUGUCGAUCAUGACUAUUGCAAUAACCUGCUUCUUAUUGCAUUUGCUCCAAAGAUUGUUAACCAGCCAUUUCUUCGUCUUGUGGACAUUAAAGCAGGAAUUAAAGUAAAGGGUCAAAUAAGGCGAAUCACUCCGUCUGGUGUAGUAGUAUCUGUUACCGAUUCAAUCAACGGCUUUUGUCCGUCAAAUCACUUUUCUGAUGUCAAGAUUGCUCGCCCCGAAAAACUUUUUAAAGAGGGUGCUACCGUAGCGUUUCACGUUCUUUCGGUCAACUCUGCUGAUAAACAACUGAUCCUCACACACAAAAAAAGUCUCAUGGAAUCAAAGCUUCCUACUAUUACCUCAUAUACUGAAGCGCAGCCUGGACAGAUAACAAUGGGAAUUAUUACAUCCGUAAAGAACUUUGGAUGUAUUGUUUCAUUCUACAAUAAUGUGCAUGCAAUUGUGCCUAUUGUAGAGCUAAGUGAAACUCGUAUGGAUACUCCUCAGGAUCACUUUAAAAUUGGACAGGCGAUCAAAUGCCGAGUUGUUUCGGUGGAUGCUUUGAAUGAAAAGAUGUGCGCAAGCUUCAAACUAGCAGCGCUUGGUAACAAACUAGACAGUGUUUCUGGUACAUCUACUAUUCAAGUAGGUCAAAUUUAUGACGGCAUCGUCGUUACCAAAUCAAAAGAUACAGUGAUUAGUAGGGUGAAUGAUACAGACUUGGUUAGCAUUUCCAAGUCCCAUUUGAGCGAUUAUCCAACUAUUGCUCAAUCGCUGUAUGACUCUUUGAAUACCGGAUCUAAGAUUACAGGUCUUUUGGCCAUCAACAUUGAUAAAUAUGGCAAACCUCUCAUUACCCGAAAGCACUCUUUGAUUUUCCAAGUUCAGCAAGAUAACGGAGUUCGCAAAGCCUCUGAUAUGAUCAACGAUCAAGUUUGCUUUGGGUUUGUCCGUAAUAUUUAUGGAAAACUUUGUUUUGUUGAAUUUACAGGCGGAGUUGUAGGCGCUGUAUCUUUGCAAAAUAUCUCUGAUAAUUUUGUAUCAAGUGUCUCGGAGCAUCUGCAAAUCGGACAAUCUGUCACUGCAUAUCAAGUUCCAGCAUGGACCGCAACUCAAGUAGCCUUUACUCAGCAGCGAAUUCUGGCCAUGUUGCCAAAAGCCACUAAAGUGAAAGAUAUGGUUCAAAACCGUGUUCUUGAAAAUCCUGUCGAUCCACAUUUGAGCUCGCUUCAGUCCAUCAAGCCAGAUAUGUUGAUCAAGUGCACCGUAAAGUCUUUUGAUGACACGUAUAUUAACGUCUGCAUUGCCGACAAUCUCGACGGCCGAAUUCAGGCCACCGAGAUUUUUGACUCCUUUGAUCAAAUUACCGACCCCAAACAGCCCAUGGCAUCCUUCCAAAUUGGCCAGUCCCUGCAAGCCAAAGUUAUUGAAGUGCAUAUUUUCAAACCUCACUUUCAUAUGACUACCAAUGAUAAAAAAUCACCCAAGAAAGUAUGGAUAGAUUUGACCGUUCGACCUAGCUUCAUAGCAACGGAAAAUGCAUUGACCACAGCUUCCCAAAUUCGUCCCAAACUCAAAACUCUUGAAAUAGGAUCCGAGCACAUUGGCUGCAUUCAACAUAUUGGUUCUAGGACUCUGCGAAUUCUCAUUCAAGGUGGACUUUUGGGAGAUGUCUUCAAUAUGGAUAUUUCUAAAGAUGUAGAUGUCGUCAAUAAUGCGUCCUCGCACUUUGCAGUUGGACAGCUUAUCAAAUGCUUUGUUAUUUUCAAGGAUACGCAAAAAAAAACUUUCAAUCUUUCUCUUGUUGGUGCAUCCCAGAAACCUGUCGAUAUGUUUUCUGUUGGUCAAAAGGUUGUUGGCUAUGUAGCAAAAAUUGAUCCAUUAAAGGGCAUCAAUAUUCGUAUUGGAAGUCAUAUCAUUGCGCGUGUGCAUAUUACUGAUCUUGCCGAUGAAUUCAACGAAUCUCCAACUGAUAUAUAUACUAUUCGGCAGCUUGUUCAGGCAGUUGUCGUCAGGAUUGAUACUGAAAACAAUCUAAUUCAUUGCAGUCUUCGUAAAUCUGCUUUCAAGCCUGAUACAAAGUUUCCAAUCUUUCCAUUUAGCAGUUUUCAGAAAGGAAGUAUUGUUCAGGGCUACAUUCAAAGUAUUUCCGAAAAAGGAUGUUUUGUCGGCUUAACAAAUGACAUCUACGGACGUGUCAAAAUGUGUGAACUUUCAGACUCGUUUGUUGUAGAUUGGAAAAGUGCAUUCAAGCCUGGUAUGCUCGUCAAGGGCAGGAUUAUUAGCAUCAACACCAACAGCAAGCAAAUUGAACUUUCUUUCAAAAAAAGUUUGGUAACUAAUGAUGCUGGAAAUCUGCUUAAAUUUUCAGAUAUCAAAGUUGGGCAGAAAUCAGAAGGAGUUAUCAGACGCAUUGAAGACUAUGGACUAUUUAUUGUUUUAAAAAACAGUGAAUUAUGUGGUCUUUGCCAUGUACUGGAAGUAGCCGAUAGGCCGGUAAAAAACUUGGAAUCCCUAUACUCAAUUGGUGACUCGGUCAUGACUGUAGUGCUGCGUACCAAUCCAAAAAAACAACAGAUUUCACUCAGCAUCAAACCCUCACGCUUUAAUGAUGAUGAUGUCCUUGAAAAUUCUAUUGAAGAAGCAAAAGUGCAGUCAUCAGAAAGUGAAAACGAUUCAGCUUUUGUUGAUGAUGAAGAAAACGACGAGAUGGAGCAGAGCGACGAUGAAGAUAUCAAUUUCUCUUGGGAUACACAACCAACUGCUGAAAAAUCUGUGAUGCAUGACUCGGACUCAGAUUCAAGUAGUGAUUCUAUGCAAAGCGGGGACGAUGAGUCUGACGGCGACCAGCAAAAUAAAAAUAAGCGCAAGCGUCGUGCAAAAAAACGUGAGCGAGCACAAGAAGAAAAGCGAAUUGCCAACAAAGAACUUGAGUUGGUUGAAGGAGAUCAUCCACCUGAAACUGCUGAAGAUUUUGAACGAUUGCUUCUUGGCUCGCCCAAUAACUCUUACAUCUGGAUAAAGUACAUGGUGUUUUACUUGAAUAUGGCCGAAAUUGAAAAAGCAAGACAAGUUGCUGAGCGUGCACUAAAAACCAUCAACUUUCGUGAAGAACAGGAACGACUUAACAUAUGGAUUGCCUUUUUGAAUCUUGAAAACACAUACGGCAAUGUUGAUACUCUUUCAAAAGUCCUUGAGCGCGCUAUUCAAAUGAAUGAUGCCAAAACAGUAUAUUUCCAUAUGGCCAAGAUUUACGAACGAACCGGCAAGGAUGAGCUUUGUAUCAAGCUCUACCAAACCAUGUGCAAAAAAUUCAAAGAUAGUCGUCAGGUGUGGGUAAGCUAUGCUUGCUUUUUGCUUACUCAUGGCAAGCAAGAUGCUGCACGACAACUGCUUAGCCGUAGCAUGCAAAGUCUUCCAAAGCGCAAACAUGUGGAUGUUACUAGUAAAUUUGCACAACUGGAAUUCAAUCACGGUGAGCCUGAAAGAGGUCGUACUAUAUUUGAGGGCUUGAUGAACAGUUGCCCAAAACGAACAGAUCUGUGGUCUGUUUAUAUCGAUAUGGAGAUUCGUGCUGGUGACAUCUCGAUUGUUCGUAGACUUUUUGAUCGUGUAGUUCAACGAGAAUGGUCAGCAAGAAAGAUGAAGUUUUUUUUCAAAAAGUAUUUUGAGUUUGAGAAAAAGCAUGGCGAUGAGAAUGGUGUUCAGAAUGUCAAGCAAGCUGCCAUUAAGUUUGUGGAGUCUUUGUAG